CAAUUCUCAGAGAGAGAAAUAAAAGAGUUAUCAUGUAUCUCCCAGCCUCCUCCUUUUCCAGAAGCACAUCCACCUUCCCUGGUCUAUCUGUGAUCUCUUCCCCUCUCUCCAUCUCAACUCCACUUGUCUGAGCAGAGAGGAGAAAGCAAUCUGAUACCGCUCCUCACCGUCUUUUGCAACUGCCCUGCCUCCUAUCAUCCCCACUGCCAAAGAAACCAGCAGGUGUCUGGUCCGUAUUAGAAAUCUUAUUUGCACAAGAGGAAAAGUGCAAAUUAACAUCUCUCCUCUUCUCCACGCUGGACUUCCAGGGGGUUGGGGGACAGAGGGAGGACACAGGUUGAGAAUUUUGGCACAAUGGAAAGCUUCCAAAAUUAAUGAGGAGUGACCAGGUGGGAGGGGAAGAGACAACAGGCAGCAGAAAAGAAGAUGCUGUUGCAGCUAAGAACCAUUUCAUUUGUGACCUUAGCUAGCUCUCUUAAAUAAUAAUAGAACGAAUGAUGAAGGAGGCGAUGGUUUGCCAUAAGGAAGGGCUGUAGCUCCAUAGGAGAGUAAAUGCUUUGAAUGCAGAUGGUGCUGUGUUCCGUACCAAUCAUCUCCCAGUAGGAAUGGGACAAACUUCUCUGCCUGGAACCCUGGAAAGCCACUGCCGAUGGGUGCAAGAGGGGGUGGAGUCAUUCUGAGAAGAGGUGGAGCUGAGAAGAGAGGCGGAGCCUGAGAGGAGUGGCUAGGGGUACAACUUGAAAGCUUGCUGGACUGCACCCAGCCCACAAGCUGCCUGUGUUAUGGGCUACACGCAGGCCAACAGUUCCCUACCCUGGUGCAGGAAAGAAUGAGCUACGUAGACUAGUGGCCUGACUCUGCAUAAAGCAAGAGUCCUAUGUUUUUAACAUGCUGUUGGUAAUGCCACCUGGUUGUUGCUCGCCUGUGACGGGGACUUUGUGGUGGCGGCUCCCCAUUUGUGGAAUGCUCCCCGUGGUGAGGUGCAUCCGUUUCUCCUAAUAUUAACAUUCAGGAGAAAAUUUAAAACAUUCCUGCUCACCCCUGGUAUUUGUUGGCAGAGAUAGACUAUCCCUGGCCAACUUUUUAGCUGUGAGAAUAUGUGACUUGUUUGCAUUUUUAAAAUAUUUAAAAUGCAUUCACUUAUGGGUUUUUUUGUUGUGGGUGGGUUUUUUGUUGUUGUUAUUGUCCUGGGCUCUCUAAUGGGAAGGAGGAGGGGGUGGAAAUUUAAGGGAAUAAAAAAUUCUUCUUCUUCUUCUUCUUUGGAGAUCACUCAUAGCCGAGUAAGAUUGUCUUCCAUAAACACGGUUUUAACAAUGAGUCCGUAAGUGACUGUGGAGGCCAAUUCUGGAUCCACAGGUCCUUCCACAGUGGGGACAUUGGUUUCCGGGCAGGAGUUGAUCACAGUGUGCAUUUGCCAAGCGUGCCUUCCUCUUAGCACAUUUCUCCCUUGCGUCCUGAGUUCGAGUGUCUUCAAAGCCCAUGACACCUUUGGUAAAGGUUGUUCUCCAGUUGGAGCGCUCGCAGGCAAGUGUUUCCCAGUUGUUGGUGUUUAUACUACAUUUUUAAAAAUUUGCCUUGAGACAGUCUUUAAACCUCUUUUGUUGACCACCAGCAUUACGCUUUCCAUUUUUAAGUUCGGAAUAGAGUAGUUGCUUUGGAAAAUGAUAAUCAGGCCAGAAGCGUCCCUUUUCAGACAAGAAAUCUGUAUUCUGAAAUUGCCCCCCCCCCCAAAAAAAACCCCUCCUUUGGUGAGAAAUAGAUGAAACACAAAAUAAUAGAUUUCCCUGAGCCUGAAUCCAUAGACCAGCAGUCCUUAGCUUGAGGGGGUACAGGAAGCGAGGGGGAUCAGAGACAGCGAGCUGUUGUCUAACUUGAAAGUUGGAUCUUCUCAGCAUUGAGACAGACAUGUCCUGUGCAGGGCAAGAUGGGGAACAGCAAGCCAUCAGACUAAUUUGCCGGGGUUCUUCCCUUUGAAGAGCUGGCGGAAGCCAUCCGUCAGACUAUCCUGCCUCUGUCCCCCGCUAGCCAAGCCACAGGGCAGGGGCGUUGGCUUUAAUGCAAAGUCUGUGCAUGUGGCCUGGAGCAUCCAGAAACUGCCCUCUGCUGGGGGACCAAGAAGGCAGGAAGAGACAGGAAGAGCUCACGCACCAUCGCAACCAAUUUCCAACCCUUCUGAUGCAGACAGAGCUGCUAAUGAAAAGCCCUUCCAGAGAGGGAGAGCAUGCUGUGUGCUGAAACCAUGUGCUCAGGAGUUUGAGCAAACACACAGAUUCUGUUAAAGGGCCAAGAAGACACUGCCUUUGUUAGUUAAAGCUAUUCCCUGCCCCCCUUUUCUUUUCUCUCCUAGUUAAGGUUGGGGAAAGAGCUGUAGCUCCCUGAUAUAGCAUCACCAUCCAGGUAGAGCUGGGAAAGAGCUUAUGUUUUUACUGGCCCUGCUCUUAUAUGUCUUCAUUAGCAAACCCAAUACAGUGGUACCUCGGGUUACAGAUGCUUCAUGUUCCAGAUGCUUCAGGUUACAGACUCCACUAACCCAGAAAUUGUACCUCGGGUUAAGAAAUUGCUUCAGGAUGAGAACAGAAAUUGUGCGGCAGCGGGAGGCCCCAUUAGCUAAAGUGGUACCUCAGGUUAAGAACAGUUUCAGGUUAAGAACGGACCUCCAGAACGAAUUAAGUUCUUAACCUGAGGUACCACUGUAUGAGGAAUUUAAGGAGGUGACAUUCUUCCCAACACUGUUGAGUUUCAUGCCUGGAAAAACUUUCCCUCUUUAAUUCCUUGCACAUCAGGCUGCUCUUAAGAACAGCAGGAGCUUUUCCUAGAAAAACAAGUUGUUGACUGUAGUUGUGGGAAAUGCAGGGCCACCCCCUAACUUGUGUAUUCUGCAUUGACACAAUAUUAAUGUAUUAGCAAUGGGUUUAUACUGGAGCUUCUGUGCUGCAUUCCAGUUUAUUAGUUGUUCUGGGAUCCUCCCCCAAGCCUGCCCACCCCUGAUUUAGGGAGGGUGGGAGAGGGAGGAUUAAUUUGCGAACAAAUUGUUCAGAUAUUGCAAAUACAUUGUUGGCAACUGUUUUGUUUUCUGUUUUUACUUAUUGGAUUUCCCCAGAAUCCAUAUUAAAGGGUUGAAUGCAGGAUGGCAUUGUGGGGGAGGAGCAUGCAUGAGCAACACCUAUCCCACAACAAGUUCAUCUUGGAUCCCCCACUGACUCUCUGCAGAAAAACAGUAAAUGCAGCAAAGGCUCUUAAAGCUACAGCUCUUUACACACUUCUUUGGGAGUAAGUCCCAUUAAACAAAGGGACACAGGUGGUGCUGUGGGUUAAACCACAGAGCCUAGGACUUGCCAAUCAGAAGGUUGGCAGUUCAAAUCCCUGUGACGGGGUGAGCUCCUGUUGCUCGGCCCCUGCUCCUGCCAACCUAGCAGUUCGAAAGCAUGUCAAAGUGCAAGUAGAUAAAUAGGUACCACUCCGGCGGGAAGGUAAACAGCGUUUCCAUGCUCUGCUCCGGUUUGCCAGAAGUGGCUUAGUCUUGCUGGCCACAUGACCCGGAAGCUGUACGCCGGUUCCCUCGGCCAAUAAAGCGAGAUGCGCGCCACAACCCCAGAGUCGGCCAUGACUGGACCUAAUGGUCAGGGGUCCCUUUACCCAUUAAACAAAGUGGGUCUUUUCAUACUGAGUAAACAUGUCUAGGAUUGCCCUGUUAAACUACUGUUAUUAAAUAUUUGCAAUUUACUUCUGAAUAUACCCAAUAGGGGUAGGUGUAAACAUUGAAAAUAACACACACAUCAGCCUGAAUGUGCACAUACACGAACAACCUUGCCCUCAAAGUCUAAAAUGGCAGAACUGGACUUACAGCACUUUUAUCUUAGUUUACAGAUAGAAAAGGGUUAGUCUCGUGAAAUAUUUUCGGCAAGUUUUCCACUCUUCUGACAUUGCACCCUGUCCCAGGGCCACUAUUCAUUUGUUUAUAUGUAAUUCCAUUGUUUUCCUCCAAGCUCCCCAUUUUAAUCCUCACAACAACCUGUGAGGUAGGUUAGGCUGAGAGACAGUGGCUGGCCCAAGGUCACCCAGUGAGCUUCACAGCUGAGUGGUGAUCCCUUGUCUCCCUGGUAAUAUUCCUACAUUAUCACAGGAUGUGCUUUGCGUAUUCAGGCAAACCACUUCCACAAAGGAAAAGGUGUGAGUCACCCUAAGUUAUUAUUGCAUGCACGAGCAUUUCGUUUUUGUUAAUAAUUUUUAUUGUUUUGCUUUACGUACAUCCAUAGAAAGUUUCCAUCCAAAGUUCAAACUAAGACUAAAAAUGAAUACAUAAAAAUACAUAAUAACUAAAUAUCUUCCCCUCCACCAAUUACCCAUGAUUAUUACUCUGAAUUAUCAAACCUAAGCACUCUGUAGUCUUUUGAGUUGACUUCCGUCCAUCACCUCAAUUUGAGUCAUUCUUUUCUUUCCUUAACUGCCUUCUUUAUAUGUUUUUCAUUUCUUGGUAUUAACUUAUUUAAUUAUGAUAACUGUUUUGUCUUUUGCAAAAAUUAAUCAAAGCAUAGUGAAGGUUUUAUUUGAGAACAAUGUUUUUCUAGGUGAUUUUUAUAACACUCCCAGUCCUUACCGAACCUUUGGCUUGUUCUUUUCCUAAUUAUUUCUGUCAUUUUAGCCAGCUCCAUGUAUUCAAAUAACUUUCUUUGCCACUCUUCCUUUGUUGGAAUCUCUUCCCUCUUCCAUUUUUUGGCGAUAAGUAUUCUUGCUGCUGUAGAGGCAUAUAAAAAUAUCCUUAUAGCUUGGGGUAUCUGAUGAUAGUAAACCCAUGAGAAAUGCUUCAGCUUUUUGACGAAAGUUUGUUUGAACUUUUUUUUUCAAUUCUUCAUAAAUACUAUCCCAAAAGUUUUUAACUUUCUUACAUCCCCACCACAUAUGUAACAUUGUUCCUUCUACCUGCUUACACCUCCAACAUUUAUUUGAGUUUGUUUUGUACACCUUUGCUAGUUUACUAGGUGAUAAAUACCACCUGUAAAACAUAUUCAUAAUACUUUCGUUUAGUGUGUAGCACGCCAUAAAUUUUAAAUCUCUGAUCCACAAAUUUUCCCAUGCGUCCAUCUGUAUCAUAUGCCCAAAAUCAUUUGCCCAUUUAAUCAUGACUUCUUUUACCUCUUCAACUUUUACUUCCCAAUCAAGUAAUAAUCUAUACAUUUUGGAUAACACUUUGCUUCUAUUUUGUAUUAAUUAUUUUUCUAGCUUUGAAUUUUCUGUUGUGAAUCGAUUUUCCUUAUCUAAUUUAAAGGUUUCAUUCAAUUGCUAAUAUUGCAGCCAGUCUGUCACAUAAUGCCAAAUUUCUUCAAAUUUCUUUAACUUCAAUUGAUUUGCCUCCUCUUCCAAUAAUGCUUUAUAUGUUGCCCAAUUCUUUUCCACAUUUUUUUUCUUUACUGAAAUGGCUUCUAAUGGUGAAAGCCACCAGGGGUUUUCCUGUAUGUAUUUAUCCCAUACUGCGUAUAGUGCUUUCCUUAUUAUAUGGUUCAAAAAGCCCCUGUGAACCUUCACCUUUCCAUAGCAUAAAUAGGUGCACCACCCAAAUCUGUUGCCCCAUCCUUCCAAAUCAAAUAGUUCCGUAUUUUGCAGAACUAACCAUUCUUUUAACCAGCAUAGACAUGAUGCCUCAUAAUAGAUCUUCAAUCUGGCAGGGCAAAACCUCCUCUUUCUUUAAUGUCUAUAAGUAACUUAUGUUUUAUUCUUUUGCCAGAUGUAGUUUGAUAAGUCUCUCUUCCAUUCUUUGAAGCAACCUGCCCCGCCUAUCACUAGGAUCGCCUGAAAUAGGAACAAUAUUUUGGGCAGCACAUUCAUUUUAAUUGUGGAGAUUCUCCCCCAAAAUGAGAGCUUCAAUCUGUCCCAUUUUAAUAUUUCUCUUUUAAUCUCUUUCCAUGUCCUUAUGUAAUUAUGAUUGUCUAAAUUUAUGUCUUUCGCAGGCAUGCACGUGCAUUUUGCUAUAUGAAAGACUGUCAACUUUUAAAAACAUUUAAACAGCCAUGCUGCUUAUAGUAGUGCGACACUGAGAAAUGCAACUAGUUAAGGUCACAGCCACACCAUAGGGCUUCUCCGAAAGAAUCCUGGGAAGUGUAGUUUAACCCUCACAGAGUUAUUAUUCAUAGCACCUGUAACGAAAUCUGGUUCUGCAGAUUCUUUGGGGAACACCAUGGUGUGGAUGCGAGCAUCUUGAGGCAUGCCGUUGAAACAAGUUUAAGUUGCUUCAUUUCUAUGCAUAAGGCUUCUGUUAAGACACAGGAGCAGGACCGGCAAAAGUGUUGACAACCUUAUUUGAGUGAGCACAUACACUCUCUGGGAAGCCUUGAACCAUCAGUUUCCCCGUACACCCAUAUGCCGUGAAACAUACACGUGUGCAGUUGUCACGUGGGACAAUCUAUACUUGGGUGUUCUGCACACCUAGUGCCUAAGCACAAAGUGCCACUAGUGUAAGAACUUUGUUACAUCGAAAAGAAGCCCAGCGUUCCCUGAAAACUUUUUGCAUGCAAAUGGAAAUAUGGAAUGUCUGAAUCCAACCGACGGGGGGUAGUUUAUCCUAAGCCAGUUCUUAAGAAAGGGAAUAAUGGCGGGAGAAAGCUGCAAGGCUAAAUACAUGAGAGACGCGGGUGGAACUGUGGACGCGAGUGGCGCUGUGGGUUAAACCACAGAGCCUAGGACUUGCCGAUCAGAAGGUCAGCGGUUCGAAUCCCCGCGACCGGGUGAGCUCCCGUUGCUCAGUCCCUGCUCCUGCCAGCCUAGCAGUUUGAAAGCAUGUCAAAGUUUAAGAGGAUAAAUAGGUACCGCUCCAGCGGGAAGGUAAAUGGCAUUUCCGUGCGCUGCUCUGGUUCGCCAGGCCACAUGACCCAUGUGGCCAAUAAAGCGAGAUGAGUGCUGCAACCCCAGAGUCGGCCACGACUAGACCCAAUGGUCAGGGGUCCCUUUACCUUUACCUCCCUAUUGCACUUAGUGGGGUUUACUUCCAAGUAAACCAGGGCAAGCUUGGGAUGCACGGCUAGAAUCCUAUGCACAAUUUUCAUGGUGACUAGCAGCGCGAUCUUCUCCACCUUUGCUCAGAGAAGUCCUAUGGGUCCUACUCCCAGGAUUACAACCCUAAACUCCCAUUAGACUCAGAGAUCUUUCCGACAAAGAGGAAAGAAAUAAAGAUUACAAUCAGGCUGCCCUGUACACAAUUACGCGGGGGUUAAAAUCCAGCCUCUUAAAACUGGACGCAAGCGGCAUCCGAAUUGAAGGGCGACUUCCUCGCUAGCGGACAGCGAGGCGCCAGCCAGCAGCCAUCCCAAGCCACGCCCAUUUAUGCAGAUAGCCUCCCCACCGUCUUGGCUAAGGCAGCCAAUCAGAGGUAGGGGGCGCGUCCGAAGCGCAGGACUUGCCCGGGCAUGUGAGAGUCGCCAGAUCAGCCUUUGCUUCCGGGAGCGACACGUGGGGAUCGGGCUUGCUUAGGUAAGGGGGAAAUGGGCAUAAGGGUGGGGCGGGUCUCAUCCUUAAAAGUUGGGGGUCGAGGAAGUAACUGAAGGGAAGAGAAAAAGUGGUGCUUUAGGAGGCCUUAGGAAGUUCCCAGGCCCCGUGAGGGGGUAUUUUAGAAGAUGCUCCGCAUACCUAUUUUGGAAUUCCCCCUUACCUAUUUUUAGAAGGGGGUGUAAUUUAAGUGAAACUGGGCUGAAUCGGGGUGGGACAUGUAGAUUUCAUAAGCUGUUCUUUAGCUGAGUAGUGGUCUGGUUGAACUUUUUCUUUUUUCGGGCCUUGAUAACAGGGUUUGUUGCUCUUUUAAGUUUUCAAAAUGUUACAUUUCUUCUUUCCCCCUUUGGGCUGAUUUUAAGUGUGAGUUGCCUUGGACGGGCAUUUGCCCAUCAAAGCAGCCUAAAAUGGUUAAAGUAAAUAAAUAAAACUCCCCCUCCCCACCCCACCCCACCUCACCAUAUGGGAAGGAGGAAAGUUGGGGGGGGGGGCAGCCGGCAAUGGGGGCGGGGUGGCAUCUAGUUCCUUAUCCUGUCCUUAUUUGUUUAUUUAUUCAAUUUAUAUACAAUCCUUCACCCGAACAUCACAGGGCUGGUCACAAGGUAAAAAUACAAAAUGAAACCACAAAAUUCAAAAUAAAACAAUACAAUAACCUCCCUCCUCCUCACAGUAGCCAACCAGAUACUGAUAAGAGGAAGCUGCCUUACUGAUAAUACGAAGCAGGUUCAUCUAGUAUUGUCUGCACAGACCGGCAGCAGGAAUUCAGCAUCACAUAAUCAAGCUUACAGGUCCAUUGAUGCAAAAAUCUGCUCCUGGUCCCCCUGCUCCCUAGCAUUCUUUUUUCAGCCAUUUUAAAGGGCUGGGCAGAAAUGCUUCCUGAUAUACUUCAGAUUACUUAGGGAUAUGGGACGUGGGUGGCGCUGUGGGUUAAACCACAGAGCCUAGGACUUGCCGAUAAGAAGGUUGGCAGUUCGAAUCCCCGCGACGGGGUGAGCUCCCGUUGCUCGGUCCCUGCUCCUGCCAACCUAGCCGUUCGAAAGCACAUCAAAGUGCAAGUAGAUAAAUAGGUACUGCUCUGGCAGGAAGGUAAACAGGUGUUUCCGUGCACUGCUCUGGUUCGCCAGAAGCGGCUUAGUCAUGCUGGCCACAUGACCCGGAAGGUGUACGCUGGCUCCCUCGGCCAACAAAGUGAGAUGAGCGCCGCAACCCCAGAGUCAGGCACGACUGGACCUAAUGGUCAGGGGUCCCUUUACCUUUUUACUUAGGGAUAUAGCAGUAGAUUCCCAUCUACCUGUUUCGCACCCCAGCCUAGGGAGGUAACAUUGUCACUUAUCUUCCAAAAGCAGGGCCUCUCUUGUGGUGGCCUCAGAGUUACAUAAUGCUCUCCUAUGGAUAGUUCUUCUUUGGCCUCUCUUUGGAGGCACGUGAAGAUUGCACACACAUACCCUCAUAAGGCACUGAAAGCUAGGUUCUGUUUGUUAACAUUUGUUACUCAUAUGUAGCUUUAUUGUUUUAUAAUGUUUAUAAGUGGGUUUAUUUUACAUUACGUUAUGAACACAUUGUUGUUGAAAGGUGGACCAGAUACCUUUCAUGGGAUCAUAGGACCAGAAAUAUUUUUUAAAUAAAUAGAACAAUACAAUAAAGUUUAUUUACUAUUAACAUUGAUCAGGAUUGUCGCCGUUUUUAACCUAAAGACCCAACAUCAAUUUAAAUCAUUUUCUUUUUCCUCUUUUUUUUUUUGGCCUUUUAUUGGCUUUGCUUUUUAAGAUGAUAAACCUGAGAGCAGAGCUUUCACCACCCAGCAAUUGUAGGCACUUUGUAAGUAAUAAAUAAAUAAAUAAAUAAAUAAAUAGAAGAAUUAUAUUUUUAAAAAAAUCUCAGAUGAGGUUUGGGGCAUGGGACAACUGAAACAGGAAAAAUAAACUGACCUUUUGGAAAGGAUAGGGUUCAAUAUAUUUCUGAAUGAUUAAAAUGAGCUGGCAAGACCACUACCACCCCAUGCAGGGAUUACCAGAGGUCAUUGCCACGAUCAAGACCGUACUAGAACCCUGUGGUCCUUCUGGUGUUGUUUUGGUACAACUCCCAUCACCCCCAACCAUUGGCUAGCUGAUUGGGGCUGAUGGGAACUGUAGUACACCCAAGAUCUGGAGAGCCACAGGUGUCCCAUCCCUCAGCCUUGGUCAGCAUGUCCAGGGAGUGAUGGGAAUUGUCUGGGGAGGAGUCCCUGGGUGAAGGCAUUCUUUCCAAAUGUCUUUUGCUGGACAACCUGAAAACUUUCCCUCAGGGUGGAUUUGAUUUAAAUCAAAUCGAUUUAAAUCACUAGUCAGUAAGACUUGAUUUAAAUCUUUUUUUCUUUUUUUUACAGAAAGACUCAUUCUUGCUGGCAAUAUUCUUAAUAUUUACAACCAGAUGAAGGUUUCAUUUUUGGAAUAAUAAAUUUUCAGAGUAGUUUUUACAGUUAGAUCAAAAAUUACUGAUUUGGUUAUACUAUUAGAAAUACAUUGACAGAUAAUUGGACAACUUUUCUGGUGUACUUUAUUGGAAGGAGAAAAAUAAUCAUUUCCUUAAUAACAAUUUAAAUGUAGUUAAAUUUAUUUAACUAAAACAAUAACAUUAUAGCAUAUGUAUCCAUGUUUGUUAACUGAUGUGGUUAAACGGUUUUUUUAAAAAAACCAACAACCUUAGACUGAGUUUUAGCACACAUGAAAAACAAAACAAAUCCUUAUUUCCUGAUGAAUAGCCUUUGGACUAUAAUGUAACUUAAAUAGAAAACUAUCUUUAGAAAGAUUUUUCCUCCAAAAGCAUUCUAUUUUAAAAAUCCAAUUUAAAUUUUAAAAAAUCUGAUUAAAAAAAUUUGUGAUUUUUAUCCACCCUGCUUUCCCUGUUCCUGAGUGGAGAGGCGGGAUAUCACCAUCCCACAAGGAGAGAGCGCCUUAUUUGCUCUCCUUACCAUGCCCCUCUCUGCCUUCUCGUGUUUGGGUCAGCCUUUCCACCCAACCUCCCGUUCCCUAAGUCUCCCGCAUCUUCUUCUUCUUCUUUUUUUAAAUAACUUUUUAUUCAAAAUUAAAACAAAACAUAUUAUCCAGAAACAUAUCCUUAUUCUCCCCCAUUUUUCCUCCCUCCCCCCACAGAACCCACCCCCCAACUUCCCUCAGUUCCAGUCUUUGAUUUCUCUAAAAAUGCUGUUUUCUGCAUGUUACACAGCUGUAUAGAUCCUCAAACUAUUUAGCUGAUUAUUAUCAAUAAAAAGUUUGUGAAUGUUUAUUCAAAACCCGCCAAGGAGUCCAGUUCGCUUUGUUGCGUCUUCAAAUACUUUGUAAAGCGUUCCCAUUUAAUCUUUAUAAAGUCACAGUUAUCCUUGUCCCAUAGCUUGUAUGUCAGUUUUGCCAAUUCUGCAUAGUCCAUCAAUUUUUCUUGCCAUGAUUCUUUAGUUGGGGUUUCUGAUUUCGUCAGGAUGCCGUCUACCACCAACUGCUCGCCAGGUGGGGUAACUCCGGUGCAAGUGGUCCAGGUGGGUAACUUGGGGAUGGAUGAAGAGCAGAACCUUGGGUGCCUCUGCCCUAAGUGGGAUCCGGGCCACGACAAAGGUUCCCAGGAUGCUGAAACCUCUGGCCAGAAGAAAAAGAAGAGCCGCCGAUACCAGCGGUUUAUGGCGCGGAGGGCAUUGGAGCAGAGAGGGCUGCAGGGGAAAGCCCUGCCGACGACUUCAGGCAGCUCAGAAAUGGGUGGUGCACUGAGAUCCUUGCGCUGUGAAGUCAGCCCUUGCGGCCAGUUGUUCCAGGAGGAUAUGGCAGGGGCUCCUAGGGAGCCUUGCCUGCUCUGUCCGGUUGCACCAGGCGCUUCAGUGAACCCAGGCAGAUGGCCGACAUCUUCCCAAAGUCUCAAGGAUCAAGUAGCCUCCCCUGGCGGAAAGGUCACCGGUUCCUUAUCCCGAGCGACGCCCAGGAAAUGUGUGGCGCUUGACUGCGAAAUGGUGGGCACGGGCCCCGCUGGGAGGACCAGCGAGUUGGCGCGGUGCACAGUUGUGAACUACGACGGGGACGUCAUCUACGACAAAUACGUCCGGCCGGAGCUCCCGAUUGUCGAUUACAGGACUCGGUGGAGCGGGAUCACCCGGCGACACAUGGAAAAGGCCACUCCUUUUAAGGUUGCACGGAGCGAGGUAAGCAAAGGAGGGAGAAGAGGGGUUGAGGAUUGGAAUCCAUGCAGCUGGAGAAUUAGAUGCUUGCUGCAGAACCAGUGUGGUCUAGUGGUGAGAGGGUCAGACUAGGACCCAGGAGACGGGGGUCAAAUCCAUGAAAUUCCAUGAAGGCUGCUGCUGCUGCUUCUUUGACAAAAAUUGCAAACUGAUGUGGAAAAUGCAGAGAACUGAACUUCCAAGAUUUGAAAAAUGAGAAAUUGAGAGCCAGUGUGGUAUAGUGGUUAGAGUGUUGGACUAAGACCUAGGAAUCCAGGGGUCAAAUCCCUGCUUGGCUGUGAAGUUUACUGGGUGGUCUUGAGCCAGGCACUGCCCCUCAGCCUAAUUUACCUCGCAGGGUUGUUGUAGGGAUUAAAUGAGAUAUUAAUAAUAAUAAUAAUAAUUUAUUGUUUAUACCCCGUCCAUCUGGCUGGGUUUCCCCAGACACUCUGGGUGGCUCCCAACAGAAUAUUAUUAAUAAUAAUAAUAAAGCGAACAUCAAACAUUAAGAACUUCCCUAAACAGGGCUGCCUUCAGAUGUCUUCUAAAAGUCUGAUAGUUGUUUAUUUCUUUGACAUCUGAUGGGAGGGUGUUCCACAGGGCGGGUGCCACUACUGAGAAGGCCCUCUGCCUGGUUCCCUGUAACCUCACUUCUCGCAUUGAAGGAACCGCCAGAAGGCCCUCGGAGCUGGACCUCAGUGUCCAGGCUGAACGAUGGGGGUGGAAACGCUCCUUCAGGUAUACUGGGCCGAGGAGGGAACCAUGUAUGCCAGCUUGAGCUCCUAGGAGGAAACAGGGAGAUAUAAAUGCAACUAAAUAAAUAAUGUUAUCACUUCUAAUAAGCACCUGUAUUCCUUAGAUACUGCACUGUACAUUUAAGAAGAAGAACGAACAUGGCCGCCAGCUUGCAGUAGCCUAGGAGGAUUCGGAAAAGCACAAGCCGGUUUUAGGAAGCUGCUGAAAAAUGAGUUGGACUGUCGGUCCAUCUAGCUCAGUAUUGUCUGCACUGGUUGGCAGAGGGUUUUAGGCAAGGGGCAUUUCCAGCCCUACCUGGAGCUGCAGGCACCUUCUGUGUGCACCCUUAAACUGUAAUUCCUGGACUCUUUAAACAUUGGUACGAUACUGCUUUCAAUGUAUCGUGCAGGUGGGGCCCACCUCCCACUUCAUCCCUUAUUCCCAACAUACACACACCUGCACCUGACAUUCAAGAGACCCUCCAAAAUGACAUGGGGUGUUUGGACCGGGACUCCAGUGUGUGAUCUGCAAUAAUCUUGCGGGCUCUUGCCCAAUUGCACCUUUUGCAACUACUUCAAACCUUUGGUUUUCCCGCAACACUGACACCUCUGGAUUUUUUUGUCGGUCACCCUAAUUUGGCUCCACUUCUCUUGGCACUCAGCCCCUGAGUUUGCUAUUAAAGAGAGUGAUACAUUUUAACCUUCCUACUUUAUUGCGUCCUUCAAAAUUACAAUCGAGAAAAUUUAAAAGCUCACAAUGCUCCCCGCACCCUUGUCGCUCGUUCUUUGAAGGCUAACGGCGCCUAGGUUAAUUAGUACAUCAUUACCAGUUCGUUUCAAGUCUCUGAAUACAAGCCUUUUAAUGUUGCAUUUGAUUGGCUUAACCCAUUUCACAGGGGUCGGUUCCAGGUGAAUAAUUGCUGGCUACCUGUCUGUUGCAAAAUGCUCUGUUCUCUUGUCUCCAUUCCUGGGUUUGUAUUUGCUGGCUGAACUUAUCCACUUCCUUUCUGUUGAUGUUUUAACACGUGUGUCCCCCCCUCCGGUGUGCUAUGGCUGGGCAUGCCACUAUUAGAAGAUCAGGGUUUAAUUUUCUUAUAGUUGUGUCCCAUUGAUAUAACCCAACAGCAUCGCUAAUGGGUUGUGGUGUACCUUGUGCUUUGUAAUUUGCACAGCUUUUGAGUCCAAAAGGUUUUGCACUUUUUGUACAGAGCCAUCAGGAAUACAAUCAUACCUUGGAAGUCAAACAGCUUAGUUCCCGAACGUCGCAAACCCAGAAGUGAGUGUUCCAGUUUGUGAACUAUUUUUGGAAGCCAACGCCCAACAGGGCUUCCUGUAGCCAAUCAGAAGCCACGCUUUGGUUUUCAAACAUUUUGGAAGUCUUAACGGACUUCUGGAACGGAUUUCGUUUGACUUCCAAGGUACGACUGUAUUAUUAUUAUCAUCCUUUAUUAAUCGUCUUCUAAAACAACGUUUCAACAUGCUUUACGUGUAAGAUAAAUGAAAACAGAAAAAUGAAAAACCCAUUGGAAAGUUUGGUUCCUUCCGGAAAGUGCAGAUAGGGGGUGCCUUUUAGUAUCUCAACAGGAAUGCUAUUCCACAGAAUAGGAACCUUCUCCUUGUGUAUAGCUGUACAGAUUUUCAUAUUACUGUUAUUUUUACAUUUAUAGUCCAUCUUUCCUCCAAGGAGCUUAAGGCAGUGUACAUAGUUCUCUCUGCCAUUUCAUCGUCACAACAACUCUGUGAGGCAGGUUAGGUUGAGAAGGAGGGACUGACCUACUCACUGACCCAUCAUGGCUAAGCGGGGUUUUGAACCCUGGUCUCCCAGGUCCUAGUCCAUCACUCUGACCAUUACACCAUACUGGAUCUCUUUAUUUUUUCUGUCAAUUUGUAUUGCCAUAGUCUCACUAUCACAAUUCGCUUUGUAGCGGGUGUCCAGACUCCCAUAGGAAAUGGGCCAGGAUGAAUAAUUUAACAGCUCUCUUAUUCACAGGAGAAAAAUCAAUAGAUAGGUUUGUUGUACUUUUGAUACAAGCUUCUUUUUACAGUACAGUGCUACCUCGGGUUACAUACGCGUCAGGUUACAUACACUUCAGGUUACAGACUCUGCUAACCUAGGAAUAGUGCUUCAGGUUAAGAACUUUGCUUCAGGAUGAGAACAGAAAUCAUGCUCUGGCGGCGCGGCGGCAUCAGGAGGCCCCAUUAGCUAAAGUGGUGCUUCAGGUUAAGAACAGUUUCAGGUUAAGAACAGACCUCUGGAACGAAUUAAGUACUUGACCCGAGGUACCACUGUAUUUAUUCUUCUUUUCACAUAGAAAUCUUCAAAUCGAAUCUUUUCUCCUAGACCUAGUCCCAGGCUAAAGAAUCCCGUUCAGCCUCUGCACCAGACCCACUAACUGCUGUAGCUCACAAAUCCCCAGGAUUCCAAGCAAAUAUCCCCUCAAAUCCAGUCACUUUACACAACAUGGUUUGAAACAGUUUUAAAAUAUUUCUGACCCACCUAUGUUCAGUCCUUUAAAAACGCAGAGCACAGCCUAUCCUCACCAUCUUCCUAAGGCCCUCUGUUUGUGACGGCGAGUGGCUAAAUGGCCUCUUAAUUCUUGCAGAUCCUACAGAUCGUGAGGGACAAGAUAGUGGUGGGGCAUGCCAUCCACAACGACUUCCGAGCCUUGAAAUAUUUUCACCCCCAUGCCUGGACACGGGAUACGAGUCGGAGCCCCCUGCUGAGGAAGAAGAUGGGGCUCCCUAUGAAAGCCAGCGUCUCUCUCAAGAGCCUGGCUAGUGAGCUGCUACACAAGAAUAUUCAGGUAAUUUAAGGAAAUGCCUUCCUCUCUCAGUUCCAGAUCCAAGUACUCUUGGAGGAAACUUUGUUUUCGAGAUCCAUUUCAGUCGGGCUUUAGGUCCAGUUUUGGCACAGAAAGUGCUUUGGUUGACCUGUAUGAUGUCUCCUGUCAGGAGAGAGACAGGGAAAACAUGUCUCUGUUAAUUCUCUUUAACCUCUCAGCAGCAUUCCGUGCCAUCAGCCAUGGUUUCCUCCUGGAGCGGCUGUCUGAAUUGGGGUGGGCAGCAGUGCUUUGCAGUGCCUCCGGUCCAACAUGGAUGGUCAUCUCCAGGGGGGUGUCAUGUUUGGGGAGUCUGUUUGGUCCUGUGGAGCCUGCCUUCAAUGUGGGGUUCCUCAGGGUUCAAUCUUAUCCCCUAAUUCUCUAACUGUGGAAUGCUCUCCCCAGGGAGAUUCACCUGGGCCCUUCAUUACAUAUUUUUAAGUGCCAGACAAAAAUCAUUCCUCUUCUACCAGGCCUUUGGAAAAUCAAACAAUCCAUGGCUUUUUAAACUCCGGGGGUGGGGUGGGGGGGUGGUAUUAUUUUGCUUGUCACUAUGUUAAUGUAUUUUUAUAUUUAUAAACCUCCGUGUUGGUCCUCUGAUGAAGGGCGGAAAAUAAAUUGUUAAAUAAAUUAACUUGUUAGGCAAUCCCGAUAGGAUUCAGAGAUAAGAGUUGUACUGCCGUUGAGCACAAAGGUUCAUUUCGGCUAUCAUGGGUUAUCUUCCUAUAUACAUAAAAAUGCAAGGCUGUCAUCACGCAGCCCCCUGUUGGAGGAUUUGUAGUGCCGCAUCGCAGUCCUGGAUUUGCAUGAAGACAGGGCAAAGGAGGAGAGCAAAGGAGAAGUUGGGUUUUGAGAUGUUUGAACAACAUCAUAGGUUUAAGUAAAGCAGGAAUGGAGGAACACUGAGGGGCUGUGAGGAUGUGGUGGAGGGGUUGAAGGAGCUGGGAGGAUAUCGGGGAUGUUGGAUGAAGUGGUAAAUGGAGGGAUUGAGGUUGGCGGUGUGAGCAGGGAUGAGAGCCCCUAGUAGUAGAAUUCAGUGCUAUUGGACUGGCUAUGAUGUACUUCUUAAAUAGGAAAACUUAGGAUUGUUCACUCCAAAUAUAUACUUUAUAAAAAGUUGGUAGGAGUGGUUGCCUUUGGUCAAUGCUACUAGAUGGCACAUCUUGAGGACUAGAACCUUACACACAGUUUGGUUGUUGUUUUUCUCCUUUCCCAUCUGUUAGGUUAGCCGAAAUGGACAUUCAUCAGUAGAAGAUGCUCAGACGUCUAUGGAGCUUUACAGAUUGGUGGAGGUACAAUGGGAACAGACACUGGCCAGUAGCCUCCCGCCAAGCCUUCCAAACAGCCCUCCAGAUAGCAGCUGGGAGAGUGUUUGCUACAUGGAUGACCAGUAUUGGCCCAAGGACUUUGACGCAGGCUGUACAUGAAGGUGCAAACUCUAGAACAGCUUUCCCCAACCUGGUGCCUCCAGGUGGUCUUUUUUUUUUAACUCUAUCACGGCUAGUGGUGAGGGACAAUGGGAGUUGUGGUUCAAAACAUCUGGAAGGCACCAGGGGCAGGAAUGGUGCUCUAGAAUGUGUACUCUGGACUGUCACUUGUGAGUGGGGAGGCCAUGAUUCUGAACCUAAUGUAGCAACUUUAUUUAUUGCCAAAUUGCACAACCCAAGAAUACACAAUUCUACUGGUGAUGAGAGGACUUCUGUGUUCUUCAUUUGAUCGAAAGGGG